GUUUGGUCGUUGAUAGAAAUGUCGAUCGAAACUAACCACAAGCAAAAUGAAAUCGGAUAAUCGACAAUACACGAUUAGCAAAAUAACAACUUGUUUCAUUCUAUUGAGUAACAUUUUAAACUGUGUAACAGAAGAAUGGGCCAUAAAUAAUAUUAACUCUAGCAUAACUUGGCCAGUGAAGAAGAUAGCGGAAAUUGAAGGAGAUAUAAUAUUAGGGGGACUGAUGAUGGUUCACGAAAGAGAAGAUUUACUUACUUGUGGACCUAUUAUGCCACAGGGAGGUAUUCAAGCUUUAGAGUGUAUGCUAUAUACAAUCGAUUGGGUUAACAGUCAGAAAGACUUUCUACCUAAUAUUACUCUCGGUGCUUACGUUCUGGACGACUGUGAUAAAGAUACUUAUGGAUUGGAACAAGCUGUAGACUUCAUUAAAGGGGAGACAUUGGAUUAAUUAAUGGAGUAAGGCAACGCAACACAUGAGCGAUCUGCGAAGGAGAGAUACCUCCGGAAGGAUGUUCUAGGUAUUAAAUACACGAAUAAAAUCCGGAAAACUUCACGUA